UAUAAAAAGAGCCUUAACCUAUCGAGUAUCAUCAUCUAUUCAAAGAAAAAUCUUUAUAAAAACAUUACAUUUUACCUUAAUCUUUGUCCUCUUCUUUAUUAUUUCAUGGCCGAAUAGCUCUCUAAACUCUUUUCGUAGAGAGCUUCCUUCCAUUCAGAUUUUGGAUUAGUGGGGUCGAAUAAUAUUGUGCGUUAAUGGAUACUGGGGGGAACUCACUCUCAUCUGGGCCUGAUGGAGUGAAGAGGAAGGUCUGCUAUUUCUACGACCCAGAAGUGGGUAAUUACUACUAUGGACAAGGUCACCCCAUGAAACCUCAUCGAAUCAGAAUGACCCAUGCUCUUCUUGCCCACUAUGGUCUUCUUCAGAAUAUGCAGGUUCACAAACCCUACCCAGCUAGGGACAGGGACCUUUGCCGCUUUCAUGCUGAUGAUUACGUCCACUUUUUAAGGAAUAUAACCCCUGAAACCCAACAAGACCAACUGAGGCAACUCAAGCGCUUCAAUGUUGGAGAGGACUGCCCUGUUUUCGAUGGCCUUUACUCGUUUUGCCAGACCUACGCAGGUGGCUCAGUCGGUGGCGCUGUCAAGUUGAAUCAUGGUCUAUGUGAUAUUGCUAUCAACUGGGCUGGUGGCCUUCACCAUGCUAAGAAGUGUGAGGCUUCUGGGUUUUGCUAUGUCAACGAUAUCGUUUUGGCCAUCUUGGAACUUCUUAAACAGCACGAGCGAGUAUUGUAUGUGGACAUUGAUAUCCACCAUGGAGAUGGAGUGGAGGAAGCAUUUUACACAACUGAUAGGGUCAUGACUGUUUCAUUCCACAAGUUUGGAGAUUAUUUCCCUGGUACUGGGGACAUAGAUGAUAUUGGACAUGCAAAGGGAAAAUACUACUCCCUUAAUGUUCCACUUGAUGAUGGAAUAGAUGAUGAGAGCUACCAUUUCUUGUUUAAACCGAUUAUGGGAAAAGUGAUGGAAGUUUUUAAACCCGGUGCUGUGGUCCUUCAGUGUGGUGCUGAUUCCUUAUCUGGAGACAGAUUAGGAUGCUUCAAUCUUUCUAUCAAAGGUCAUGCGGAGUGUGUCAAAUAUAUGAGAUCAUUUAAUGUACCACUAUUGCUUCUAGGUGGCGGUGGAUAUACCAUUCGAAAUGUUGCUCGGUGCUGGUGCUAUGAGACAGGAGUUGCACUAGGAGUAGAAGUUGAAGACAAAAUGCCACAGCAUGAGUACUAUGAGUACUUUGGUCCAGACUAUACUCUUCAUGUUGCUCCUAGUAACAUGGAAAACAAGAAUUCACGCCAAUCACUGGAUGAAAUACGAAAUAAGUUGCUCGAUUAUCUUUCCAAGCUUCAGCAUGCACCUAGUGUCCAAUUUCACGAUAAACCUCCUGACACUGAUCUUCCAGAGGCUGACGAAGAUCACGAUGACCCAGAUGAGAGAUGGGAUCCAGAUUCUGACAUGGAUGUUGAUGAUGAUCGGAAACUUUUACCCUGCAGAGUAAAGAGAGAAGUGGAAAACGAAGCUAAGGAACAGGAGAAUCAGAAAGGAAAUGCGGAGAAUACUAAAGGCUAUGAUACUGCAGGAGAUGAUUCUACUUUCCCAGGUUUGGAUGUGGGUUCUUUGGUAAUAAGCGAACCAAUUGUGAAAGUGGAGCAAGAGAAUACUAAUAAGCCAGCUGACCAGAUGUAACCCCCCCCAUACUACAGCCAUCAUUAGAUGUAUCAUGCUAACUCUAUGUUUUUGUGUAGGAUUAUUUCUUGUAUUUAUUAAAAUAAUUUAUAUUAGUCAAAUGGAUUAUAUGGUAAAUAGGUGGAAUGCUCUUCAUUCUUUUUA